AUCUUGAUUAUCUUCUAUAUAUAAUUCAUCACAUUCAAGCAUUUUGAUGGUGGUAGAGGGUUUAUUGUUCUCCUACAAUACAAUGCCUAAGAUAUCUAUCAUGUUUUGGUGUUUUCUCUUGCUGCCAUUGGUUUUUUAUUGUUCUGAGGCGAAUCAAAAGGUUGGAAUAUAUGAAUUGAAGAAGGGAGAUUUCUCUGUGAAGCUGACUAAUUAUGGUGCAACUGUGCUCUCUGUUGUUCUUCCUGAUAAGAACGGGAAGCUAGACGACGUUGUUCUUGCGUUCGAAUCACUUAAAGACUACUCGAAUGAUUCAGUCUACUUUGGAGCCAUUGUUGGACGUGUUGCCAAUAGAAUUGGAAGUGCUCAAUUUAGUUUAAAUGGUGUUCACUACAAGUUGGUUGCAAAUGAAGGAAAGAACACUCUUCAUGGUGGCCUUAAAGGAUUCAGUGAUGUUGUAUGGACAGUAAAAAGUUACAUCGAAGAUAGUCACAUAACAUUCACCUAUAACAGCUUGGAUGGUGAACAAGGCUUUCCUGGUGAUCUUGUUGUAUCAGUAACAUACAUGCUUGUUGAGACAAAUAAAUUAGCUAUUAAAAUGGAAGCCAAAGCUCUUAACAAGGCCACUCCAGUGAACUUAGCCCACCACACCUACUGGAAUCUCCGUGGCCACAACAGUGGUGACAUCCUCUCGCACCAUCUCCAGCUUUUCGGGUCCAACAUCACACCCGUUAAUGACCAACUCAUUCCCACUGGUGAAAUUGCCCCUGUGAAAGGAACACCCUAUGAUUUCCUCGAGGCCCAAGAAAUUGGCAGCAAGAUAAAUGAGUUGCCUGACGGGUACGACAUCAACUAUGUGCUAGACCCUUCAAGUUACAAGCAUUUGAGGAAGGCAGUAGUGUUGCGUGACAGUGUGUCAGGCCGAAAAUUGGAAUUGUGGACUAACAUGCCAGGGUUGCAGUUCUAUACAAGUAACAAGUUGGACAAUGUGAAGGGAAAAGAUGGAUUUGUAUACAAAAAACAUGCUGCAGUCUGCUUGGAGACACAGGGGUUCCCAGAUGCUGUGAACCACCCAAAUUUCCCUUCACAAGUUGUGAAACCAGGAGAGACUUAUUUGCAUGUUAUGGUUUACAGAUUUACUGCUGCCUAGAGCAUUUUGCAUGUUAUGGUUUAUAGAUUUAUUUUCAUCUUUCAUGUUUACUGCUUCUAGUAGUGCUUUUAUAUAUAUAGCUGGGGAUUGUGCAGAGAAACAUGCCCACUAAGUUUGCUUAAUUCAAUGCAAUUAUAUAAAUAAUUUUAUCAUGC